AUGAGCAGUGAUACACCGACAUCAGAUUUCGAGUACGAGGAAAUUCCAAAUAAAGUGAUAAUAGCAAAGACACAGGAGGUUUGCCAAGCCUAUCAGGUAGCGGGCGAAGCAUAUAAACAAGCGAGUGAAGCGUUACGAAAUGCUGCUCAAAAAGUAGAAGAGUUGCGCCAAUUAUUGCCAGAGGACAUGUGCAUCCAAUUACCUUCAGAUUUCUUAUCCGAAUUUCCGACAAGAAUCUCAUCAGCUUCCAUCUCUUCAUCAUCCCUUUUUCAACCAAUAGUCUUGCCAGAUCUUUAUGGUGGUGUUAAGGAAAAGAUCUCAAAGAAAAAAUCGAAUAAGAAGUCAAAGAAACGAGUGAGACAUAGUCGACAAAUGAAAUGUGAUAGUAAUAGUGAUGUCCUUGCGCCUAUUGAAGAUGGAAAAAACGAAAACCAACUAAAGAAAGUUUCAUCAAAUUCUGCGAUAAGAGAUCGACCAAGACCAGUGCAGGAAAUUGAGAAUAAUAAAGAAUUUAAUACUGAAAUAGAGAAUGAAAAUCCAAUUGAGAUUAGAAUGCACAAAUUUAAUAGUAAAAAUACAAAUGAUGUAAAUCGAAAUCUUAAAAAGUCUGUAGAGGGGUUCCGGAAUAUCGAGCACACCUCCAAAAUCACUCUACCAAGUAUCCAAUCGAUUGGAACAAAUCCAAUUAUAACAGCACAACCAGCAUUGCAUCAUCAAAGCCUUAGAUCAAAAAAUUCUUCAAUCCCAUCUCUAUCAUUGGAAAUACCAUACAAACCCAGCCAAUUACCAAAGAAUUCAGCUGUCCAAGAAAUGACACAACAAUUUCGAUAUUCAGGGCUGCUAAACGAGCAUGAUAGAAAGAACGAUCGAUCAGUAAAUUCAAGUAAUCCUUCGAUGACUUCAAAUCAGUCACAUUUGUUUAAUAGUGAUCCCCGACCAACAAGAUCUUCAAAUAAUCAUGGCAAAAUGGUGGCAUCUAAGUCAUCACCCUCCGCUUAUUUAAUCUCUGAUCAAUUAAGUUUUCCACACUAUCCUCACAACAUAUUCAAUAGCGAACAUUCACCAAUUCGAACUACUCAACAACAUACCCCUGAAACAUCCACCACCACAAGCCCAACAACACCCAAUACUGCUGUAUCGGUUCAACAAUCAACAAUUCACAGUUUCUUCUUGGAUGGAAUUCCGCAUCAAAGCGUACCCGCAUCAAAUUGGUUUAAUGAAGUGACAAAACAUACAUACACCCCACAACCAUUAUCUGCGGAAGAGAGCGAACUUGUUGAAGAUUUCAUAAAAUAUGCAGGGCCACGAUUAAAAGAUCCAACGUGCACACAAGCAGUAAUAGCACAAGAGAUUAUCGAUCUAUCGAAUAAUACUUGCAAAAUGGCACAAGCCUCAGUUUCAACCAUGAUGAGACGCAUCUCUGUUCCCAAGCAUCCAGCUAUGCGUAGAGCCAUCCAAUCGUGGAUUGAGAAUGAACGAAAAAAAUCAGAAAAAGUUCACAUGUAUGUAUAG